AUGUCGAUUCAACCUGUGGAUAAAAUUGAUGAAAAUAUUAAAGAAGUGUCGAAGGAACCGCAUGUUGAAAUUCAACAUCAUCAUGAUCAUAAACAAGUUCAUUAUGGAAAACCGCAUUUUGCUGUAUUCUUGGCGGCUUUUACUUCGUUGGGUGGAUGGUUUUUCGGCUAUGAUCAAGGUGUUACGGGCGGUAUCGUAAUUAUGAGAUCAUUUAAAAAUGACUUUUGUGUUGGUGUAUAUGGUAAUGUAAGUGACUGCAAUCUUCCCGUGGCUGCUCUGCCCUCGGAAUACAGGCGAUUUUUGGUACUUUUCAAUCUAUUGUACAAUGUUGGAUGCUUCUUGGGAGCUGUGUUUAUUUCUUCAGUUGUAGCAGAGAGAUUUGGACGCCGAGCUGUUAUUUUCACAUCGGCUGUUCUUUUUUUUAUUGGUACAUCAAUAGUUAUUUUUCCGCCAGGAGGUUCAUCAAAGAUUAUGAUUCUGAUACUUUUUGGACGAAUCGUUGAAGGUACUGGUGUUGGCUGUUCUUCGUUUUCUUGCCCAUUGUACGCUUCAGAAAUAGCUCCAACGAAUUUACGUGGAAUGCUUUCUGGUUUUAUGCAAAUGACUGUCGUCAUUGGAUUGUUUGCUGCGAAUGUAGUAAAUAUUUUCUUACAAAAUCACAAAUGGGGCUGGCGAUUAUCAAAUGGAGUUAUUUUAAUUGCUCCACUUCUAAUUAUUACUGGCAUAUUUUUCUGUCCAGAAACUCCUCGAUGGUUGUACAAGAAAAAGGGUCGUGAUGCAGCCGAAGCUAGUUUGAAGCGUAUUCGUAGAAUAGAUGAUGUCGCAGGUGAACUCGACGCUAUAGCUGAUGCUAUAGAAGAAGAGGGUAACCAAAUUUCAGUCAAAGAGCUAUUCACAAAAAAGAAAAUGCUUGAAAGACUUGGUGUUGGUAUGGGUAUGCAUGUUUUACAACAGGCAACAGGCAUUAAUCCUAUAUUUAAUUUUGGUGGUAUUAUUUAUGAAAGUGUUCUUGGGAAGGGCAUCAUAUCAUUAUUGAUUUUGUCUGGUACAAAUUUGUUAAGCACUAUACCAGCUCUGUUCAUGUUUGACAGAUUAGGACGCCGUAAGCUGCUCAUAUAUGGUGGACUAGCUAUGGUAAUUGGGCAUCUUGUAGCAGCAACAAUCUUUGUUACAGGUUGUACUGUAACAACAAGCAUCAUCAAUGGAACUACCAUAAGUGAGGAGAAAGUGAAUUGUGCAACAAGUUCUGGUAUACUGAUGCUUGUCUCUACGGCUGUUUUCGUAGGUUUUUUUGCAAUUUCUUGGGGACCCAUUGCCUGGAUUUAUGCAGCUGAGAUUUUCCCACUUAAUGUUCGAGCUAGAGCUAUGUCACUGACCACAGGAAGUAACUGGUUUAUGGGUACGAUUAUGUCCUAUAUCCUCGAGUUAAUAAAACCAUUAGGAAUUCAUGGAGUCUUUUACCUUUUCAGUGGUCUGAGUUUAUUGGCUGUAAUUUUCGUAUAUCUUUUCUGUCCUGAAACAAGAGGAGUCUUAUUAGAAGAUAUUGAAGAGCAAUUUGAUAAUUUUCAAUUGAAAAAUAGAGGAUUUGUUAAAUUAUUCCGACGGUCUUGUAAACGAAAACGAAAACAGACCAUGAAAGUAAACAUUGUUGAAAUGCAGUCAUAA